AUGUCGUCGAAAAGUGAACUAACAAAAACUAUUGAAAAUCAGCAGUCACGGAUAACUCGACUUGAACAACGUUUUGCUGAUCUAUUUACUGCCUAUAAAAAUCUACAGAAAGAAAAAGAAGUACUUGAAUCGACUGUUCGAGUUCUGUCCACUGCUGCAUCAACUGUUGAGCCGGCAACUACAGAUAAUGACGGCAAUGCAAGUGCUACCGAAAAUGUAGAAUCGGGCGCUGAAGGAGAAAAUAGUCAACCCACAGUCACUGAGCACCAAACUUUACAAGAAAAACUGCAAACUCUUCAACAGAAUGUCACAGCUAUUGCCGAACAAAAGAAUCACAUGGAGCGUAUGUUCCAAACGGAUAAACGGAAGCUCAAGGCUGAAAAUGAAGAGUUGUACAAGCAACUGGAGGAAGCGAAAGCAGAAAAUAUCAUCAUCAAAGAAAAGUUGGACAAUGAAAUCAAAGACUUGAAAAAUUCAUUAGGUCAAAGUCAACGUGAUCACGGACGUGAAGUAGCUGAUUGCAAAGUGAUCACUCGCGAAUUACAAACACUUCUGUGUACCGAGCGCACUAAAUCAGAAACACUCGAACAUCAAUAUGACGAAUGUCGAGCGAAAGUUGUUACAUUGGAAACUCAAUUCGAUAACUUGAAGAAGCAAUACAAUGCAUUGAAUAAUCAAUAUCAGGCGAAGUUAAAUGAAUUGAAAGACAAAGAUUUAGUUCACGUCGAAGAAUUGAAACGUUCCAAGGAAAAGAUUGCUGAAUUGAUCGGGAAAUUAAACAAUUUAGAAACUAAAUACACUGAACAGCUGCGCACAGAAUCGAAACGCAAUGAACUUUUAGAAAAGAAACUCAAUGAAGCUAGCACGGAACAAGCUCAGAAAAUGUCCACAACUGAAACACAAAUCGCUGAACUAUCUGAACAGAUUGGUAUCAUUGAAAAACAACGUGCACAAGAUCAAAUGGUUAUUCAACGUUUGAAAGAGCGUAUCGCUCAACUCGAUAUGGAAAACUCGCUAUUAACGAAAGUAUCAUCAACAUCGAUCGAACAGGACGAUGUCAUCGUCACGGAUGAUGAUACGGAGAAUCAUUAUGAUUUAGACACGCUGUUGAAGCGCAUUUCCAAAUUAAAAGUUCUGAUUCGUAUGGCUAAUGAUCGUUUUGGUCAAUCGUUAACUAUUGAAGAUGUGUUAAACAUCGAUCGAGAGAUCUCCUCUGGAGCCGCAAAUAGCAGCGGAGGAAACUUAUCUUCAGAGAAUAACAAAGUAUUACACAGCAAGUGUCACGAAGAAAUCGAACGAUUGAAAGCCGAAUUGGAAAAAUAUCGAAACAAAACUGUUGCUGCAUUUAAAGCAAAAGCAUUCAAAGACACGAACACAUCUAAAGAACACGAUGAUCUCCGCAAUCAAAUCGAUCAAUUACGUGAAAAACUAGCCAAUAGUCAAUCAUUAUACAACGUAGAAAACGAACGGCAUGCUCAAGUUGUCGAAAAACUGGAGUCCUGUUUAACUAACAUUCGUGAACAACAUCGUCAUGAAAUGGAUCAAUUCCUAGCACGAAAACGGACGGAGCUCAAUGAACUCGAAUGUGAACUAGAAAAGCAACGCGAACGUACAAUGCGUUUACUCAGUGAAAAAGAUCGCGAAUUAGAAACAUUAAGAAAACAACCCGAUCUAAUUCCUACUCUCAAUAAAGAUACAUCUCCAUCUACCGUAUCUGAUCUGAAAGAAGAAAAACAUAGCGAACCAACUACGAUCAUUGGCGAAUUAUUUCCACGAGAACUUUCGACUUCGACUAUCGGCGGACCGAUGAGUCCACUACCCACCGCUGAUUCGAAUAAUAUUUUGUAUUUUAUUCAAGAGCAACAACUGCGUGAACAAGAACUAAUGUCACUUCGAAAACAACGCUACGAACUGGAAAUGACCAUUCGAGAUAUACAUAAAAAGUAUUCUUUUGAAAUCAGUCAAUUGCAAGCAACUAAUGAACAAUUAAAUGAUGAUUUAGAACAUAUUAAAUUGAGUACACAAAGAAAGGAAGUUUUGACUAAAAACGAACAUAACAUUGAUUAUAUAAAGAAUGUUUUUUACCAUUAUUUACUUGCCAAUGACACACAAGUGAAACAUACGAUGGCCAAUGCCUUGAUGACGAUUCUGCAUUUCUCGGCGAAGGAAAAGGCGAAAAUUGAAAAUCAAAAGACGAAUAAUACUUUAACACCUGGCGGUUGGUUUACUUCAAAAUAA